AAUAACUGUCAAGGAAGAUGGAACAUAAGACAUUAGAAAUAACGUUGAUAUUAAUUUUUUCAUGAAGUAUCAUCAAAAGUCGAUCAAAAUUGACAGUAGGUCAUAUAAUGUAAUAAACCACUUCAGUAGAUUUUAAAAUUCUUUAAAUAACUCCAACAAUGUGUUUAGUAUCUUUUUUCUAUAAUGGCUAGCGGCAAAAUUGAAGAGCUGCACAAAAAACUUAAUGAUUUGAUAGCAACCGCCAAUGAAAAGCAACAAGAAGAGUUGAAAAAAGAAUUCACUGAAUUUUCAAAAAUAUAUCAGAGAUUUUUAGAAGGAAAAAGCUCUAGAAUCCAAUGGAACAAGAUUAAGCAACUAUCGGAUGACGCUAUUGUUAAAUAUGAGAAUUUAAUAGAACCCUCAAUCAGUGAUCAUGCUCAGAUGCUCAAUAAACUUGUUGUCAUAAAACUUAAUGGCGGUUUGGGAACUUCGAUGGGUUGUACAGGACCUAAAUCACAAAUAGUAGUAAAAGAUAAUCGCACCUUCUUAGAACUUACUGUUGAGCAAAUUAAUUAUCUUAAUCAUACGUGCAACGUUAAAAUUCCUCUGGUAUUUAUGAACUCCUUCAAUACAGACGACGAUACCGAAAAUGUCUUAGCCAAUUUAAGAAAUCCAAAUAUUUUUUUAUACUCCUUCCUUCAAUCGUGUUAUCCAAGGAUAGCUAAAGAUACUUUAAUGCCUAUCGCAAGUACCUCUGACAUAAAAGACUUUUACGAUGCUUGGUAUCCUCCUGGUCAUGGUGAUUUUUAUACCAGUUUUUGGGAUUCUGGUCUACUUGAACGGCUAAUAAAUGAAGGAAAAGAAUAUUGUUUCGUUUCCAAUGUAGACAACUUGGGAGCCACCGUGGACCUAAAAUUAUUAAAUCUAAUCAUGAACAACUGCGAUGAGUGUGAGAUACCUGAGUUUGUAAUGGAAGUUACAGAGAAAACAAGAGCAGACGUCAAAGGAGGUACUUUAAUCCUCUAUGAAGGAAAAGUAAGUUUGUUAGAACUUGCCCAAGUCCCAGAUGAAAACGUCAACGAUUUCAAAUCUGUGAAAUAUUUCAAAUACUUUAAUACGAAUAACUUAUGGAUAAGUUUAAAAGCCAUUAACAGAUUAGUGACAGAUAAUAAACUUAAUUUGGAUAUAAUUAUUAACAACAAAAGUCUCUCUGAUGGUACUAAAGUUAUUCAGCUCGAAACUGCUGUGGGCGCUGCAAUGAAGUACUUCAAUAAGAGUAUAGGCGUUAAAGUACCAAGAUCACGAUUUUUACCUGUUAAAAAAUGCUCGGAUUUAGUAUUAGUGAAGAGCAAUCUUUACGAGAACGAAAAUGGUUCGUUAAUAGUAUCACCGAAAAGAACUUUUCCGAAUACGCCAAUUCUUUCACUUGAUGAAAAGUACUUUAAAACAGUCGCCAAAGCAUCUGCAAGAUUCAAAGGUAUACCUGAUCUAAUAGAACUGGAUCUUCUGAUAGUUACUGGGGACGUUACAUUUGGUCAAGGAGUAAUAUUAAAAGGUACAGUCGUUAUUGUGGCUAACGAAGGAUGUAAAAUUGAUAUUCCUAAUGGUGCUAUAUUGGAAAAUAAUGUUAUAGAGGGAGAUCUUCGUAUUGGUGAAUAUUAAGUUUGUAAAAAAGAUUUACUUAGUAAAACCAUUAUUGUGCAUUUUUUAAAAAUGUUAUCUUCUGUGUAUUUUUUAUUAUAAUAAUGUAUAUCAAAUUUGUUUAAUUUAUGAAAUCUAAACAAUUUGUCUAUUUCAAAAUUAUACAUAAAUUUAAGCGAGUUUUCGGAAUAAUAUUAUGAUAAUUUCACUUAAGGACUUAACUCUGCUUAGUAAGGAGGCAAUCUGAGAAUUUCAAUUCCUUUUUCUCGGGCCAUCUCGUCUAUAAUGUAUUUUUUGAGUUUAAAUUUUUUUAUUGUAUGUCCAGCAUUAACCCAUGUUUCAUCUAAAUAAAAUACCUGUUUAUGCUGAUUCCUUGCGUCCGCUAUUUUACUUAAAUAAUCAUAUAUCCAGGCAAUGUUUUUCUUUGUUAAAAAGCUGUUCCUGUCACAUUUUUUGUAACGGAAAUUUAAUUUAUGUAAUAUUUUUUGCAGAUGAAAUUAUAUAUUUGGAAGAGUGGG